AUGCAGGGUUUCAAUAUGGGACGCUACGUCCCUCCGGAGCUCGAGGGCACCAUGUCAGCCAAUAAAGUCGCCGGCAAACAUGCUCUGGGCAAAAGGGCCAACAAAAUCAAAGAAGGCAUCCUGACCGUACGCUUCGAGAUGCCCUACGCAGUAUGGUGUAACCACUGUCCCAAACCGACAAUCAUAGGCCAAGGUGUGCGAUUCAACGCCGAGAAGAAAAAGGUCGGCAACUACUUUAGCACGCCCAUCUGGUCCUUUCGCAUGAAACACACCGCUUGUGGAGGCUGGAUCGAAAUACACACGGAUCCUAAGAACACGGCGUAUGUGGUCAAAGAAGGCGGCAAGGCCAGAGAUACAGGAGAAGAUCGUGUAAGAGAGGGAGAGGAGGGUGUGCCCAUUCUCUCUGCCGAAGAAAGGGAGCGCAGGAGGCAAGACGCCUUUGCUGUUCUCGAGGACAAGAAGCAGGACAAAGUACAAGAGAAGGAGCAAGGCAAACGCAUUAUUGAGCUACAAGAAGUGCGAGAUCAGCACUGGGACGAUCCGUAUGAGGCCAACAAACGUCUGAGGAGAACGUUCAGAGCAGAGCGCAAGACCAGAGAAAAGGAGCAUGACUAUUCGGAGAAGCUCAGAGAGAGAAUGGGACUGGACGUCGAACUAAUGCCAGAGAACGACGAAGACAGGAAACAUGCUACUUUGAUCGAUUUCGGCGGCCUUGUGGAUGAAGACAUCGACGUCAACACAAUGCGAGUUGCUUCACGGCCGUUGUUCCAACAGGACACGAAAAUUGAGGCAACUCCAGUCAAAGCCAAAACCUUACACAAGAACAAAGCGGCUGCAGAAGUUGAGCGCAGGAAGAAAGCGCUGCAGCGGGAAGUCCGCGAAAACUCGCGUGCAGCAGCAGAUCCAUUCUUGUCUUUUGGUAAUGCAGAUAAUCGCGCUUUCAAAGCUAUUGUUGGCAUCAAGAAGAAGACGCAAAGCGAUGCCCCAGAACAGAAGAACGAUUCGGACGAGAACGAGAUAGAGAGCAUGGAGAGGUCGCGACCAACACCAGCACUUUCCCUGGUCGCUUAUGACUCCGAUUGA